AUGCUUCUUACCCCUCCGCCAUCACCACAUCUACGAUCAAUAUGUCUUUCUCCGGAAGAUAGGCUUGGAUGUGUUCUGGCGAACCGACUUGAAUUGGUCUCGGUCCUAGGCGUCGGAGCUUAUGGCGUAGUCUAUCAAGCAGUCGAUAUCUACACGAACGAACUAUACGCGGUAAAGGCUCUCCCCAAACAUGGAUUGGAUGCUCGGCAGCGACGUUUCCAGCAGGCAGAAAUCGCUCUGCAUUACCAGGCCAGUCAGCAUCCCAAUGUCGUUUCCCUGAUGCGGGUCAUGGAUAGUCCUGAUUGCACGUAUGUCGUGCUCGAGUAUUGCCCAGAAGGCGACUUGUUCUCGAACAUUACCGAGCGGGGAUGUUUUGUGAACGAUGAUCGCCUGGCCAAACACGUUUUCCUUCAGCUUCUGGACGCUGUACAAUUCUGUCACUCCGUUGGGAUUUACCACCGAGAUCUCAAACCUGAGAACGUCCUGGUCACCGACAACGGUCAUACUGUCAAGCUCGCUGACUUUGGCUUGGCAACUCGUGAGAAGAUCACUACAGACUUUGGGUGUGGCUCAACAUUUUACAUGUCGCCAGAAUGCCAACGCCCAUCUACUCGAUCUCACGCCUACUAUGCAUCCGCGCCUAACGACGUCUGGAGUCUUGGCGUCAUGCUGGUAAAUUUGACUUGUGGUCGUAACCCUUGGAAAAAGGCCUCUCCCGAGGACUCUACCUUCAGAGCCUAUUUGAAGGAUCCCAACUUUCUGACCUCAAUACUACCCGUGGCUCCUGAACUGAACUUGAUUCUCCGUCGUAUCUUUGAAUGCGACCCUCAGCAGCGAAUAUCUCUGGCUGAGUUGCGGGAAGUUAUUUUGGCAUGUCCCAGGUUUACUGUGAGCUCGUACCACGAGUUGCCACCUUCGCCUGGACAAGAUUACGAAUACGUUGACACCAUGGACUGCGAGAACAUGGCGCUCCCACCAUCACCACCAACUUCACCACUGUCGUUAGCCUUCCCUAUCGAAGUCUCCGAAUGGUCUCUUUUCAAACCAGGUUCGAAACAAACAUCCGAAACUUCUACUUCCUCCUCUUCUUCAUUUGACUCUGGCUAUGAGUCCGAACCAAGUCCUGGUGAUCUUUCUCAUGCACAAGCUUUUAAUGUUUACGGCAACGUCCUACCUUUCAAUGAUUACGAUAAACCGAGUUACCAAGUUCGAUUUGUUCCUCCUUCUAUUGCCGUUUACUGA